UGUACAGAAAUGUUACACUGAAGUUUCUACUUGCCCUUCUGCGAAGACUUUAACUGUAUUUUUAUAUUGCAGUUUAUUAGCCUAUAAAAGACAAUGUAACAACAAAAGUAAUAGCGAUUUGAUGCAAUAGUAGCAGUUCCCCCUCCUACUGACUGGACAUGAGUGAUCAAAGGUCUUUGCAAGAAGAUAAGCACAAAGCUGGCAGAACUUCCUCGAAGUUCAGGGAGGCUUCAAGAAGCAUGCAAUCUGAUGAUUAUUUUGCUAGAAAACUUAAAGCUUUGAAUGGUAGUAUGGGUCCUCCUGUUUCUUCAAAUGCAUCUAGCAAAACUGAAAAUAAUCAAACAAAUGGUACACCGGCUGUGCCUAAGAUGGGUGUUCGAGCAAGGGUAUCUGAAUGGCCUCCUAAAAAGGAUUGCUCUAAAGAGCUGAGUAAAGCUGCUUGGGAAAACAGACCUCCGACCGGUUAUGAAAGCAUUGGCUCAGUACUUCCAAAUGGACAAAACGACCAAAGUGAUGGACAGCAAGAAGAGCUAGAAUUGGAAUUUACAGAGGGAAAAUAUUCGAUUGGAGAUCUUUUUGUUCAUUCCCCUCAAAGGGGCCUUCACCCCAUAAGGCAAAGAAGCAACAGUGAUGUGACAAUAAGUGAUAUUGAUGCUGAAGAUGUGUUAGACCAGAAUGCUGUUAACCCAAAUACUGGCGCAGCUCUGCAUAGAGAAUAUGGCAGUACCUCUUCAAUUGACAGACAAGGCUUGUCUGGAGAAAAUUUUUUUGCUAUGCUAAGAGGAUACAGAGUGGAAAAUAUUGAACAUAAAACCCUCGCUCCUUUUGGAUUUUCUGAGUUUUUCCACUGUGACCCUACAGUUUCUCCAAGUCUACAUGCUGCUGCACAGAUCUCUAGGGGAGAAUUUGUCAGGAUUUCUGGCUUGGAUUAUAUGGAUAGUGCCCUGCUUAUUGGUCGAGAUAGGGAGAAAUCUUUCAAGAGGAGACUAAAAUCAGAAGCAGUAGAAACAUCUCUAUUUAGAAAAUUGCGAACAGUUAAAAGUGAGCAUGAAACUUUUAAGUUUUCGUCUGAGCUGGAUGAUAGACUCGACAGAAAUGUCCGUUCUUGGAACUGUCAGAAAUGUUUUGCACAUUAUGAUGUUCAGAGCGUUUUGUUUAACAUAAAUGAAGCAAUGGCUACCAGAGUAAAUGUAGGAAAAAGAAAAAAUAUAACCACUGGGGCUUCAGCUGCAUCUCAAACUCAGAUGCCAGCAGGCCAAACAGGAAACUGUGAGUCUCCUUUGGGAAGCAAAGAGGACCUCAAUUCAAAAGAGAAUUUAGAUGCUGAUGAGGGUGAUGGGAAAAGCAAUGAUUUAGUAUUGAGUUGCCCUUACUUCAGGAACGAAACUGGUGGGGAAGGAGAUAGACGGAUUGCACUUUCUAGGGCAAAUUCAGCAUCUUUUUCUUCGGGUGAAAGUUGUUCUUUUGAGUCCUCUCUGAGUUCCCAUUGCACAAAUGCUGGUGUUUCAGUACUGGAAGUACCGAGAGAAAACCAGUCCAUUCACAGAGAGAAAGUGAAGCGUUACAUCAUAGAACACAUUGAUCUUGGAGCAUAUUAUUACCGCAAGUUCUUCUAUGGAAAAGAGCAUCAGAACUACUUUGGGAUAGAUGAAAAUCUUGGACCCGUAGCAGUCAGCAUCCGGAGGGAGAAGGUUGAAGAUGCCAAGGAGAAAGAAGGAUCUCAGUUCAACUAUCGUAUAGUUUUCAGGACAAGUGAGCUUACUACACUUAGAGGAGCAAUUUUGGAAGAUGCUAUACCAUCCACUGCUCGGCAUGGCACGGCAAGAGGUCUACCUCUCAAAGAGGUACUGGAGUACGUUAUACCAGAGCUGAGUAUUCAGUGCCUGAGACAGGCUUCCAACUCACCCAAAGUACCUGAACAGCUGCUUAAACUCGAUGAACAAGGGCUGAGUUUUCAACAUAAGAUUGGUAUCCUUUACUGCAAAGCAGGCCAAAGCACAGAAGAAGAAAUGUAUAACAAUGAGAUGGCAGGACCAGCGUUUGAAGAGUUCCUUGAUCUGCUGGGCCAGAGAGUACGGCUAAAAGGAUUUAGUAAAUAUAGGGCUCAGCUAGAUAAUAAAACUGAUUCAACAGGAACUCAUUCCCUCUAUACUACCUAUAAAGAUUAUGAGUUAAUGUUUCAUGUGUCAACAAUGCUUCCAUACAUGCCCAGUAACAGGCAACAGCUGCUAAGGAAAAGGCAUAUAGGAAAUGACAUAGUUACCAUUGUCUUCCAAGAGCCAGGAGCACUUCCUUUUACUCCAAAAAAUAUUCGUUCCCACUUUCAACAUGUAUUUGUCAUAGUCAAAGUGCAUAAUCCUUGCACUGAAAAUGUAUGCUAUAGUGUUGGCGUUUCACGAUCAAAAGAUGUACCUCCAUUCGGUCCACCCAUUCCCAAAGGAGUAACGUUCCCCAAAUCAGCAGUCUUUAGGGACUUCCUUUUAGCCAAAGUUAUCAAUGCUGAAAACGCAGCACAUAAGUCAGAAAAAUUUCGAGCCAUGGCCACAAGGACACGUCAAGAAUACUUGAAAGAUCUGGCAGAAAAUUUUGUUACCACAGCUACAGUGGAUACUUCUGCAAAGUUCAGCUUUAUUACUUUAGGGGCAAAAAAAAAGGAAAAAGUGAAACCAAGGAAAGAUGCACAUCUAUUCAGUAUUGGAGCAAUUAUGUGGAAUGUCGUUGCACGAGAUUUUGGCCAGUCUGCUGACAUCGAAUGUCUCCUUGGAAUCUCCAAUGAGUUUAUCAUGUUGAUUGAGAAGGAAUCAAAAAAUGUUGUGUUUAACUGCUCCUGCAGAGAUGUUAUUGGAUGGACAUCUGGAUUAAUGAGCAUCAAAAUAUUUUAUGAAAGAGGAGAAUGUAUUCUUCUGUCUGCAGCAGAUAAUUGUACUGAAGACCUCAGAGAAAUUGUUCAAAGACUUGAAAUAGUGACCAGAGGAUGUGAGACCACAGAAAUGACUCUUCGGAGGAAUGGGUUGGGCCAGCUUGGAUUCCACGUGAACUUUGAAGGGAUUGUGGCAGACGUGGAGCCCUUUGGUUUUGCAUGGAAGGCAGGUCUACGGCAAGGCAGCCGCCUGGUUGAGAUCUGUAAAGUGGCUGUGGCGACUUUAACUCAUGAACAAAUGAUUGACCUUUUACGUACAUCAGUGACAGUAAAAGUGGUGAUUAUUCAACCACACGAGGAUGGAGCUCCUAGAAGGGGUUGUUCAGAACUUUGUCGUAUACCCAUGGUGGAAUACAAACUUGACAGUGAAGGCACCCCAUGUGAGUAUAAAACCCCUUUCAGAAGGAAUACCACUUGGCAUCGGGUGCCGACUCCCGCUGGGCAGCCUCUCUCUCGUGCCUCUCCAAUCCUAGGAACAUCUGACAGACUGCAGUGCCAGCAGCUGCUCCAGCAGGCUCAGACAGCCAUUCCUCGCAGCACUUCCUUCGACAGAAAACUGCCAGAUGGUGCAAGAAGUUCUCCGAGCAACCAGUCUUCCUCCAGUGACCCAGGACCCAGCGGGAGCAGCCAAUGGAGACAGCAAGUGGGAUAUGACGGGUGUCAGUCCCCUUUGCUCCAUGAACACCAUCAAGGUUCAGGCUCACUGGAGUGUGAAGGAGGCAGAGAGCGAGAGGAAACUUUGGAAGGAACUAGACAUUCUGAAACCAAGUGGCAUGCACCAUCGACCAAAGUCCUGAGCUCCUACAAAGACCGGGCUUUACAGAAAGAAGGCAGUGGCAAGGAGUCACCAAACAAGCUUUCACAUAUUGGAGACAAAAGCUGUUCAAGCCACUCAAGCAGCAACACCUUAUCCAGUAAUACAUCCAGCAACAGUGAUGAAAAACACUUUGGUUCUGGAGAUCUGAUGGAUCCUGAGCUGCUUGGAUUAACAUAUAUAAAGGGAGCUUCUACUGACAGUGGAAUUGAUACAGCUCCCUGCAUGCCUGCUCCUCUUCUGGCCCCUUUGCACCUUGCUGGCAGCAGGUCUGGAGUACAUUGUCGUGCUGAGCAGUGGACCGAGUCUUCUGAAACUCCUGGGCCAGAUGAUGAUCCAGCAAAAAUCUAUGCUGUUCAUAGCUACGCCUCUGCCGUUUCUACCAGUCAUACAGCUGAAGGUAGCAUGGGAGACCUAAGUGAAAUCUCCUCUCAUUCCAGUGGGUCACAUCAUUCAGGAAGCCCAUCAACACAUUGCUCUAAAAAGAGUGGCUCCCUAGAUACCUCCAAAGUCUACAUAGUGUCACAGAACAGUAGUCAACAGAUUUCUGGAUCAGUUUCAAAACCAUACCACAGACAAGGAGCAGUUAGUAAAUAUGUUAUUGGAUGGAAAAAGUCAGAAGGAAGUCCUACGCCUGAAGAAUCUGAAGUUUCUGAAUGCCAUGAAGUGUAUGAUGAUAUUGAUGCUGUGUCUGCAUCGAGUCCACUCCAGACUUCUGUGAGGAGUGCCAUUGUUGAAAGCCAGCAAGUCUUGUCCAAAGAAGAUUUUCUGAAGAUGAUGUUGCCAGACAGCCUCUCUAUGGAGGAGGGGAGAAGAAAGUUUUCAUUUUAUGGAAACCUUUCUCCACGGAGGACACUUUACCGUACCCUAUCUGAUGAGAGUAUAUGUAGCAAUCGAAGAGGAUCUUCAUAUGCCAGCUCUCGAAGUUCCAUGCUAGACCAGGCCCUGCCAAACGAUAUCUUAUUCAGCACUACUCCACCAUAUCACAGCACGUUGCCUCCCAGAAUGAGCCUCACUCCUGGAAUGGGAAAUCUGAGAAAUGAAUUCUGGUUCUCAGAUGGGUCCUUAUCUGAUAAAGCCAAAUUCAAUGAUCCUGGCCUGAUGCCCCUGCCAGACACUGCCACAGGGCUAGACUGGUCCCACCUGGUAGAUGCUGCACGAGCGUUUGAAGGUUUUGACUCAGAUGAAGAAUUUGGGCCGUUCUGUCAUCACACGCCGUUUCUAGAUCAGAGGGUAGCAUCUUUUUGCACCUUGAAUGAUAUGCAGCAAGCUCAGGGCUUGGAAGGAGCACAAGAGUUACCUUUGGAUGAGAGUCCCACAGAUGGCAAAGAUUUCCUUGAGGCUGCUGGGGAACAUGCUCCAAGUACUCUGACUGGGAAAGUAAACCAGCUAGAAGUCAUCCUCCGGCAACUACAAACUGACCUGAGAAAGGAAAAACAGGACAAGGCAGUUCUCCAAGCAGAGGUACAGCAUCUGAGACAAGAUAACAUGAGACUUCAGGAGGAGUCUCAAACAGCAGCUGCUCAACUGAGGAAAUUUACAGAAUGGUUUUUCAAUACGAUAGACAAAAAAUCCUAAUGACUGGGCCCCUGGAAAAUACUCCUUUGAACAAUGUAACAGCUGUAUUUUUUUGAAGUUGCGGGGUAAUAAUUUCACUGUGUUCACGAUCCAUGUUAGGUGUUUCUGCUACAUUCUCUGUCUGGCUUUAUUCAUU